AUGGGGCUGUGUGACGGGGUGAAGGAUGACAUCGAGUUUUCGGAUGAUUUCACAGUCGUCGGGAAUCCAGAGGCCGACGGCGAUCUAGAUGCAGGUUCUGGAGCGGCGCUGGCGGAUCCCAAGUCGGCCCUCAGCAGCGAAGCCAUGAAGUUCUGCAAGCUUGGGAAGGGCAGCUCGGAGGGGCAGGUAGACGGCCAGACGGGCGAUACCCAGCCGCCCGAGUUCCUCAAUGGGUUCCACAUGAAGCAUCAUGCCUCCAUGUUAGAUGGCGCCCUGCUGGCGGUGGCGACGACGAUGGGCAUCGCGGAACCUGCGACAUUGAUGCCCAACCAGGUCCGCACCAUAUUGGCGCCGCUCUUGGAGAAGCCGGCUGGGGGCUGGCGGCCAAAAG